AAUAGAAACCAAAAUCAUCCAUGAUGUGUGGGUUUAUACUUCCUUGAAAACAAAACAUUUAAAGAAAUUUACUACGCUUAAAGUAGUUUUUCCUAGUAAUCGACGAUAAAUCUUUACAUAGUUUCACAAGUCAUAUGACUGUUUUUGUCAGUGGAAAAGUAUAAAAAAAAACUAGCCGGAUUGUUGAGGUAACGGUGGAAUCAGUAAAGAAUUUGAAAGAGCCUUUAGACGUAGUAAUAGAAAAAAUAGGCGUUGCCUAUGACUCGGAAAGCCCGUAAAAUUAAGCUUUAAAAAGCUGCAAUUCAUGAAAAAAUAUGUUAUGGAUUUAAUGGAUAAAACAGUAAAAUUCAAUUGGUCUGGAUUAUAUGCAACACAAUGAUCAUAGCAGGCUCAUGUUGAUGUAGUCGUUUAUGAAAGAUUAUUAAGCCUCAGGUCUUCGUGUUGUUGCAGAUAGUUCACUUAGAGAGAAGACCAGCAAUUCCAGUUACUGAAUCAGCAUUUAAAACCACAGUAAACCUGAGAAAAUGGAAGACAGUACAGAAAUAUACUCGCAUCUUCCACAACCUCAACCAUUGAAUAACACUGAUUCUCAUCCUCCCCAAGCCCCAGAUGAGAAGGUGUCACUGGACAAUGAAAAUGAAAAAGCAAAAACUGAACAGGACUCUAAAGGAAUUGAAAAUGAAAAGAAAAAAGAUGAUGUUAAAGAUCGGGGACAAGAAAAUGCAAAGACCCAAAGUGAAGAAAUGGUUGCCAAAUUGGAACUAAUGACUGAUGAAGAGAUUGCAGAAUUUAAACAGAAAACAUUUGAGAAUCUAAGAAGUACAGCAAAUGAAGUAGUCGCACUUGAAACUCGACAAACAGAAGGUGGAGAAUAUGUCGAAAAGAUUAGAAAUUCUAUGCUACGAUUUUAUCAAAGUGAGUCUGUCCUAGACGGCAUAGAGUUAGAAGAAAUAAUCAAAUUCAGAAAAGAGAUUGCAAAAAUUAUGAUUGAAACUAAGUUUUUUAAUUUGAGUUGUGAAAUCAUUAUGAACACAUACAAGAAUGUAUGGCAGUUAGAAGAUGGAAAACAGAAUGAUCGGAAAUAUCUUCUUCUUUCAAAAAGCAUGUUAACUCUGCUGAACUUUAGUGACGACUCGGAUGAGUUAGCUGUUGCCAUGGCAAAUGAAUCUGGAUUUGUAAAGUUGAUGAAACAGAUCCUAGAAGACACACAGCAGAGGCAUUUAGGAACAGUUGAACCGCUACUAAACAAACGUGAGGAAAAGUUAUUGGAGUAUUCGCUUACACUGAUUCACAACAUGUCGAUGAGAGAGUCAAAUAUUGCUCGACUACGCGAUCUGGACAUGAUUAGAUCAUUAAAGCCUUUCCUCAGUUCGUCAAAUGAUAUGUUUGCUUUGAUCGCAUUGGCUGGUCUAGCAGGUAUUAUCAACGAGGAAGAAUGUGAAAUUAUAAAUGGUCAUAAGAAUACUGUGAAGAUACUGUUAGAUUGUCUUCGGGAAUGUUUGAAAGACAAGAUGCGAAGGUGUAGUGAGGGAUGGUCUGCCAAAGAAUGUGGGUUCAUUGUUAGAAUGUUAGCAAGGAAUGAUGCAAACAAGAAGACACUAGUAGAUCUUGGAUCCCUGGAGCUACUUGUAGAGUUGGGAAAAACUGGGGAUCAGACUGAACAGAAUGAGAGUGUUGCAGCACUCUGGGCAUUGUGUUUCGAUGAAGAUAACCAGUCACUGAUUACAGGAAAAGCGGAACUUGGUGUUGUAGAUUUACUAGUAGAUUUAAAACACUCGGAAGAUGAUAGUAUUAAGAAAUCAUGCAAUGGUGCAUUGUGGACAUUGAGAGAUGCAUUAAAGAAUACAGUUUGUGAAAAAUAUAAGAAAAUUGGUGAAGAGUUAGCUUCAAAGAAGGAAAACGUAAAUAUACAAAGUAGGAAAGAAGCAGUAUCAAAUGAAGGACAUGUCAUGAUUUCAUACCAGUGGGCUGAUCAGCAUGUGCUGAAAAGUGUACGAGACAACAUCAAAGCUAGAGGAUAUAAGGUGUGGAUGGAUAUCGACAAGAUGAGUGGGUCCACUCUGCAGGCGAUGGCUGAUGGUGUUGAAGGUGCUGCCGUGUUCCUCAUGUGUAUGUCUAACAAAUACAAGAAUAGCUCAGCUUGUAGAUCUGAGGCUGAAUAUGCUUAUCAGCGUAAAAAGAAAAUCAUACCACUGAAGAUGGAACCUGGUUACACUCCAGAUGGGUGGCUAGGAAUUUUAUGUGGUGCAAAGUUAUACUUUGAGUUUAGUCCAAAAUAUGCAUUUGAUGACAAGAUGAAAGAACUGCUCAAAGAACUAAAUCAAGUCAUUGGUGAAACUGCAGACACACCUGAUUCAGGAGAGAUAAUCAACCCUCCAACUGCAGCAGUUACCCAGGCAGCUGGAGCACAUGUAGUGGAACAUCCAGACACUGCCUCCUCUUUGAGUGGAACAGUUGCUAGGAUAACUGUUUCCAAGACAACCAUUGAUAAAGUAAGGAAAUGGUCCAACACUGAUGUAAAAAAUUGGAUUGAAAGGAAUGGUUUGCAAACAUGUGGCAUCAAUGGCCUGACAGGGGGAGAGAUAGCACUUUUAGCAAGUAUGCGUGUGGAGUGCCCAGAGUUCUUCUACAAAUGCCUACAAGAUAUGCUCAAAGUGAAAGACUUGCUUACAAUGUCCAAGAUAGUUUGGGCUUUACAUGAUCUGUCUUAGAGAAUAGUUCACUACUUCCCUUUCCUAGCUGGUGAGAGACUUAAGAUAAAAUCAGCGCAGACAGACCAGCUCGGUUCAGACACUACAAUUUUACUAAUGCACCACGACUUAGCUUAGUUGAUUGUGUGCUGGUGCACUGUGUAAAGCUUUUGAGAAUAUGUUAACUUUUUUCUUAUUUACAAACAAGAUCACUGAAUAAUGUAGCCAAACUGGUGGUGUGCAAAUGCACAACAUACCAAGGAAACUAAUUCACAAGCAAGGUCUCUGAAGGAAAUAGCCUAGUCGAUUGUAUGCUGGUGCACUAUGUAUCUGGGAAUGAUUUGAGAACAUGGUAGCUUUAGCACUAUCUAAUUUCACUAACUUACAAACAAGUUGGCGUAGUGAAUGGUUAUACAGUACAAGGCUGCUAAGCAGUUGACUGAACAACAUGACUUUGUGAAGUCUAUUUUAUGGAACUUUUAGACUGUCUUAUGUUUAGAAUGACUGAUAUGCCUUGUUUAAUGUCGUUCUGUUGAGUCAGAGAGACAAUAUGCUGGAUAGAAAUCCCAAUAUGUCCAUGUUAUGUAUGCUGUGUGCUGAUUAUAUUUUCUUCAGUCAAGUCAAUGUAUUGUUGGAUGCUUGAAAGAAACAGGCAUGUGGUAACAAAAUUAUUUUCAGUCAAAAACAAAGAUGCAUUGUGGGGUGUUACAGUUAUUAUGUUCAGUUACUGAACAUAAUAAUGUAAUACCCCACAGUGCAUCUUUUUAACUGAAAAUAAUUUUGUUACCACAUGCCUGUAUCUUUAAAGAACUGAAUAUAACGACUAUAGCACCCAACAAUACAUUGACUUGACUGAAGAAAAUAUAAUCAGCACACAACUUAACACUUCAAUAACUGGAAACAUUGUGAUUUCCACCCUCAAUAUUGUAUCUCGGUCUCAACAGAACGUCAUUGAACCAGGCAUAUCAGUCAUUCUCAGCAGAAGACAGUCUAUGCGUUCCGUACUGUUUGACUGAUAUGGGUGGCUCUAAAGUAUUAAUAUUCUGUGAAAAUAUGAUAUUUUCAUACAUAUAAAGCUCAUAUUUUUGUAUUGAUCAGCAAAAGAUAAUAUCUUUGGACAUGACAAAUUAUCAUUUAGAUGUAUGUUUUUGCAUUAAUUUGUAAAACAUUUUAUCUAUCCUCUCAAUCGAAAUUUGUUUUAAAAAAUAGAUCGACAACCAGGGCUCUGUUCCUAGCCUUUCUGACUUUGAAAGUUCAGACUUGAAUUUGCAAAAGCAGAAUUUUAACGUUGCCAUGAUACAUUCUAAACAGUGCAUCAAUACUGCUGAUAUUUUGCAUACUAGUAUUUGCAGUGUAUUGCUGCAUAGCGCACAUUAAGCCGGUUUGGAUUUUAUAUGGUCACUAGUUCUGUUUGAAUGUUUUUUCAGUGUUGUUGACCAGUCAGUUGAUUGAGGUCACUAGUUUACAAUCAGAAUGUUUUUCAGCGAUGUUGGCCAAGCACUUGAUUGAGGUCACUAGUUUGCAAUCAGAAUGAUUUUCAGAGAUCUUGGCCAAGAUUUUGAUUGAGGUCACUAGUUUGCAAUCAGAAUGUUUUUCAGCAAUGUUGGCCAAGCAUUUGAUUGAGGUCACUAGUUUGCAAUCAGAAUGUUUUAUAGCAAUGUUGGCCAAGCAUUUGAUUAAGGUCACUAGUUUGCAAUCAGAAUGUUUUUCAGCGAUGUUGGCCAAGCACUUGAUUGAGGUCACUAGUUUGCAAUCAAAAUGAUUUUCAGAGAUCUUGGCCAAGAUUUUGAUUGAGGUCACUAGUUUGCAAUCAGAAUGUUUUUUCAGCAAUGUUGGCCAAGCAUUUGAUUGAGGUCAGUAGUCACUAGUUUACAAUUAGAAUGUUUUUCAGUGAUGUUGGCCAAGCAUUUGAUUGAGGCCAAUAGUUUACAAUCAGAAUGUUUCUCAGAGAUGUUGACACUACCAAACAUUUGAUUGAGGUCAACAGUUUACAAUCAGAAUGUUUUUCAUUGAUGUUGACCAAUCAUUUGAUUGAGGUCAAUAGUUUACAAUUAGAAUGUUUUUCAGUGAUGUUGCCCAAUCAUUUGAUUGAGGUUAAUAGUUUACAAUCAGAAAAUCAGAAUGUUUCUCAGAUGCUGACCAAACAUUAAAUUUUGAUUGGGGUCAAUAGUUUACAGUCAUAAUGUUUUAGCGAUGUUGACCAAACAUUUAAUUGAGGUCAGUAGUUUACAAUCAGAUUUUUAUUCAGUCUUAUUGAACAUGCAUUUGAUCAAGGUCAGUAUCACUAGUUCACAAUCAGAAUCUCUGCAUGUGCCAUAUCAAUCUGUUUUUAUAUGCCCGAAGGGACGUAUUAUGUUAUGACGCUGGUGUCCAUCUGUCUGUCCGUCCGAUAGCAAUUUCGUGUCCGUUCUGUAACUCUUGAACCCCUAGCAGGACUUUGAAUAAACUUGACACAAAUGUUCACCAAAAUCGAGAUGACUUGUAGAGCGCAUGUUUCGGUUGGCUCGUUUCAAGGUAAAGGUCACACUCAGGGGUUAAAGGUCAUACCUUCGGGUGUAUAUUGCUCCGCAUUGCGGGCUUGUUAAAACAUUAUUAUUUGCACAAGUAAAUUUUCUAAAUGUCAGCUUGGUCCAAAACUCUUUCGUGUCAUUAUCUUGUCAUAUUUUUGCGGCUGCUAUGUGUGGUGGUAAGAUGGAUACUCGAUAUAUUUAGAGUUUACCCAAUUCACUUAAAUGAUAUUAUGUAACUAAUAUAUAUGUAAUAUAUAUUUAUUUUCCUCAGAUCUGAUCUUUUUCAAGUAAUUUUAUUAUUAUUUUUAGAUAUUAGAUAAUAAUUUGAUACAUAUAUUUUGUUAUCUGGCUUUUUAGAGCCAUAAUCAAAUGCCAUAAUAAUGUAUUUAUUUCUAGCACAGGAUCCAAGAUUUUCAGGUUUUAUAGUAUAUUUUUCAGAGCAGAAUACAUGUUCUACAAUACCUUGCUGAGAAUACAGGUAUUCUAUGAAAAACCUUGGUACAAAUUGUGAUAUAUAUUUAAGCUACUCCCCCAUUCCCACCAAGUUUGGCAUGUAACGUAUAUAAAUUAUGUAAAUUAUGUAUAUAAUUAUAACACUGAUGUUAAAGUGAGUGAAAGAAAGUGUUAGAUAUUGUUUAAAAAAACAAGUAGAAUUUUCAUUUUAUCCAUUAUUUUAAAAAGCCAUUUAUUCGCUUCUGCACAGUAUUUUUGGUAUGUUUAGGAUAUCUUGCAAAAUUCGUAUGUCAAUAACUUUGUAGCAUUGGUCAAUUUCUCAGCACACUUCUUUUAUAGAUUUUUGAGAGAAAAAAAUGAGGACCAAAGGGUAAAUGAGUCGCUUAAUCAACAAGCAGGGGAAAGUAAUGUUUGGAUUCUCGAUUGUUUAACACAAUGAUUUGUCAGAAAUUAUUUAUUUAAUAGAUUUUUAAAUGAGGCUAAAUGUUCCCAAAAAUUGUUGUGGGUGUACUUAGAUUUACCCUUGUUUGUAUGCCAGUCUGUCCAUCCGUACAUUUGUCUGUUGGAAAUGUGUCAUGUAUAUCUAUGUAUAGUAAGUCGUCGAACAGGAUUGCUGUUCAGCGUAUAAAGUUGUGCAUCUGGUGUUUUGUUUGGAAUUUCACUUAGUAAAGCUGUGGCCCUUGAAGUCAAAAGUUUGUGUUGCACAUAUCUCAAAAUUUAGGUGUUUGACAUAAAGUCAUGAAACAGGAUUGUUAUACACGUUGUGAAGUUGUGCACCAACAGUUUUGUUUGGAAUUUCAGGUUUAUGGCCCAAGGCAGUCAAAAAUAUGCAUAAACGUCGUAAAAGUUUGUUUCACAUGUAUCUCUAAAAGUAUUUGACCUAGGGUCAUGAAACAUUACAGAAUUAUUAUACAGCGUAGUACGUUGUGCUCCUGGAAGUUUUGUUUGGGAUUUCACUCAGCCAUAACAGAAUUAAAGCCCUUGAAUUAGUCAAAACUAUCCAUAUUGUUGGGACCAUCAUGUCCAUUUAUUGAUUUAUUUUUGAGUUUUGGCCUUUUUCACUUUGAAAUACUGCAAUGCCAUUAGAACACUGUGUAUUCAACUUCUACAGUUUCCAUCCAACGAUAAUGAAACUCAUUAUACGUCUUCAACAAGUGCAUAUUAUCAUGUCCAGUUUUUUUUUCUUCUUCUAGGGUCGAGGACUCUACUAUUUCAUUAAGCAUUUUCAGGCGGCAAGUCCCAUGCAGUGUUGACAUUGCCCUCAUUUAUUUUGUAUUAUCCAUACUCAAAUCCCCGCUUAUGACAUGCACCCCCAACCCAAGGUAAUAUGAAACUUUACUUAGUUUUGCAUUGUCAACAUUUAAUAUAUAAACAUAUAGUGUCAGGAUGUUGGGGCAAGAAUGUCCAAUGUGCACACAUCUAGUAUUUUAUUGUUACCGUUAUAUGAUUUUGCCGGAUGUUUUUAAGAUUGUAUUUUACAUGAUUUUAAUGUUUUUUGAUGGUAAAGGUUUAUACAACAGUGUAGAUAUUCUCUCCGUGCCAGUGAAAACAAGUGAAUGAAGUAUUGCCAUGCAAUACAAAGUCCCCUACUGGAAGGCACCUAAUUUUCUCAACUGCAGUAUAGCAUAAUGAACUGAUAUCUGGCAAUGAUGUAUAAACAAUAUUGUACUAUAUAUUCAGUAUGUUAUAAACAAAAGACUUGGAUUAAAAUUUGUAUAUAUAAAA